UCCCCUUGUUGAUAUUUGAGUUCAUGAGAGAAAUUUUAGAAGAGAAGAAGAGAAGAAAUGGAGGGUGUGAUGACCUUUAGUGCAAUGAUAAUGGUGGAAAUUAUGGGUGUGAUUUCAUCAACACUAAUCAAAGCAGCCAUGUCCAAAGGAAUGAAUAACUUGGUUUUUGUUGUCUAUUCUAAUGCUCUUGCCACUUUUCUUCUUCUUCCCUUUCUCCUACUUUCUCUAUCCAGAGAUAGACAAGCUGCCCCUCUAUCUUUCUCUAUGAUCACUGUCUUCUUUCUCCUUGGCCUUAUUGGGAGUGUGGGGCAGAUAAUGGCAUAUACAGGAAUAAAGUAUAGCUCGCUAGUUCUUUUAUCAGCACUCUCAAAUCUCAUUCCCAUUUUCACCUUUCUUCUUGCUCUUCUUUUCAGAAUGGAGAAGGUUGAUUUGAGGAGAAGCAGUGGAAAAGCUAAAUGUGUGGGAACCAUUUUAGCUGUUUUAGGAGGUUCAUUAAUAACUUUAUACAAAGGUCCAUUGUUAAUCAAUAACUCUUCUUCAAAUUCCUUUGUAAAAAAUGAAGAUGAUGAUGAACAUGUAUUACAACUCUCUCACAAUUCAAAUUGGGUCUUGGGAGGUUUUCUCUUUCUAAUUACUUGUUUUCUAUCAGCAAGUUGGCACAUUGCUCAGACAUGGUUCGUUGGGAAGUACCCAAGCAAAAAAAUGACAAAUGUGUUCUUCUUCACAUUAUCAGUGACGGUCCAAACUGCAGCCUUCACCGCCAUCAUCGAAAGAAACCCAAUUGUUUGGCAACUCCAACCUGACAUUGGAAUGGUCAGCAUCAUAUUCUCGGCUAUAUUUGGGAGUGUGGUUCAUAUCGGAGUCCACAUAUGGUGCUUGGAAAGGAAGGGCCCAGUUUACGUUGCAAUGUUCAAACCCCUCGGCAUGGUCACCGCCAUCCCCUUGGUCGUCAUCUUUCUUCACGAAUCGCUUCAUCUUGGCAGUGUGAUGGGGUCGAUUGUGAUUGGUUGUGGGUUUUAUAGUGUGAUAUGGGGUCAGAUCAAACAACUCGACUUAGUCUUGCCUUCUUCUUCUCGCUCGUUUUUGCUUGACCACAACUCUUGAAUCAACAAACAUUUGAUUAUCGAGCUAAGAGUGAUCAAUUCAAUUGUAUAUAUUUAAAACUUACAUGGAACAUAUACUAGCUUUUUUCAUUUACUAAAUAUUGUUUCACUUUUUGCUCUUAGAUGUAGUUAUUGUAAUUCAAUUGCCAUCGUUAUAUACAUUUGUACAAUUGAGUAAUGCACUUUGAUUGAUAUUAACGGAAAUAAUAACUAUCACACUAAUAUUAACCUAACUCA